CAAAUCAUGAUUGUAAGGUAACCUAAUCAAAAGGUAACUUUAUUUUCGUCAGGGUUACCACUGCACAUCUUUGAGAAAUUCAAGGUCAUUGUACCAACAUUUAUUACACAAAUUUUAUAAAUGCAAGUAUCUGGAGUUUCAUACAUCUCAUUUUCAUUUAAAUACGCACCAAUCAGUGACUAGAAGGACUACAAUGUGAAGAAUGACUCUACAAAAUCAUUAGAAUUAUUAGAAUCAUUAAAAUCAUUAAAGUUUAUUGCUGUUUGAAUGUCACUCUUGGAUUUUUUCAAAUGUUAUCGUUUCUUAUCGGUAGAAAGUUUUAAUCUAAAAUAUCUUAGACUACCACUUAGAAAUUAAAAUAGCGUUUGAGAUAAAUAGCGUUUGCCUAUCAAGGUUUAUGAAGGUAAAAGAAAAGAGCUCAUUAAAACAUCAAAUAUAAUAUUAUUAACUAUGGACCAAAAUAAUUUUAAAUCUCUUAAACUUGGAUUUAUUGGAGGUGGUAAUAUGGCAAUUGCUAUUGGAGCAGGUCUCAUUCGUAAAGGUAUCCUAGAUCCUAAAAAUGUUUGGGUAUCUGGACGUACAAAAAGAACACUUACUUUCUGGAAAGAACUUGGUGCUCAAGCAACAUUUAAAAAUGGAGAAGUUGUAGAAAAAAGCGAUGUUAUAUUCUUAUCAGUUAAACCACAUAUGCUCGAUGAUGCACUUGAUGGAGUUGUAAAAACACUUAAAGAAAAAAUUGAUAAUAAAUUAUAUGUCUCUAUACUUGUGGGAAUGUCAUUAGAUACUUUGAUAGAAAAACUUGCUAUCGUUGAUUCAAACCCUAGAGUGAUCAGAUCUAUGCCAAAUACACCUAUAAUGGUUGGAGAAGGUAUCACAGUUUACUGUAGUAAAAACACAAAUCAGGAGGAUAUAAUUUUAAUAGAUACAUUAUUUUCGUUUCUUGGGAUUAGUCAGAAUGUCCCUGAAUCUCUUAUGAAUGCGAUUAGUGGUUUGUCAGGUUCUGGUCCUGCUUAUGCAUAUCUCAUUGUAGAAGCUUUAGCAGAUGGUGCUGUGAAAAUGGGAAUGCCUAGACCAAUGGCAACAAAAUUUGCUGCUCAAGUACUUGUAGGAGCUGGUAAAAUGGUAAUAGAAACAGAACGACAUCCAGGUCAAUUAAAAGAUGAAGUUUGUUCAGCUGGUGGAACUACUAUCACUGGAGUUCAUGCUAUGGAACGUGGUCAAGUUAGGGGAUCUAUGAUGAAUGCUGUUGAAGCUGCUGUUAAUAAAGCUAAUGAAAUGAGUAGAAUAUUUAAAGCUUAAUUUAUUAAUAGAUCAUUAAAUUUAUUUUAAUAAUAGUUUAACACAUAUAUAGAAUUAAAUUGUAGCAGUAAAAUCAAAAUGAUUAUAAAUAUAUAAUCUUAACUUAAUCAUAUAAAUAAUAAAUAUAAUAUGAAUAAGGUAAAAAGUAAAUAAUAUCACAAUUUUCAUCAUAGAAUAAUUUUGAUUUCAUUUUGUUUACAAUAUUAAUAAAGUUUACAUAUUUAUUAAGAUUGUAUAUGUCACAAUUAUUCUUUAUGUCAUAUUAAAAGGAGAAUGAUUUUAUAAAAAAAAAAUACCUAUGUUUUUGCAUAUUCCACACAACGUGAAGGAUCUGUAGGAUAGUAUUCUUGGCAUUUAGUCAUUAAUCUUUUUACUGCUUGAAUAUAUUUUCUUUGUUUUUCAUCA